AUGGUCCCACGUCAGGGAACGGCAGGGGAUGUUUCUGUUCCUCGUCAGUUACUGUCUGUGGGUGAAGCAGAGAGACUUGGUAACUCUCGUCAGUUACUGUCUGUGGGUGAAGCAGAGAGACUUGGUAACUCUCGUCAGUUACUGUCUGUGGGUAAAGCAGAGAGACUUGGUAACUCUCGUCAGUUACUGUCUGUGGGUGAAGCAGAGAGACUUGGUAACUCUCGUCAGUUACUGUCUGUGGGUAAAGCAGAGAGACUUGGUAACUCUCGUCAGUUACUGUCUGUGGGUGAAGCAGAGAGACUUGGUAACUCUCGUCAGUUACUGUCUGUGGGUGAAGCAGAGAGACUUGGUAACUCUCGUCAGUUACUGUCUGUGGGUGAAGCAGAGAGACUUGGUAACUCUCGUCAGUUACUGUCUGUGGGUAAAGCAGAGAGACUUGGUAACUCUCGUCAGUUACUGUCUGUGGGUAAAGCAGAGAGACUUGGUAACUCUCGUCAGUUACUGUCUGUGGGUGAAGCAGAGAGACAUGGUAACUCUCGUCAGUUACUGUCUGUGGGUGAAGCAGAGAGACUUGGUAACUCUCGUCAGUUACUGUCUGUGGGUGAAGCAGAGAGACUUGGUAACUCUCGUCAGUUACUGUCUGUGGGUGAAGCAGAGAGACUUGGUAACUCUCGUCAGUUACUGUCUGUGGGUGAAGCAGAGAGACUUGGUAACUCUCGUCAGUUACUGUCUGUGGGUGAAGCAGAGAGACUUGGUAACUCUCGUCAGUUACUGUCUGUGGGUGAAGCAGAGAGACUUGGUAACUCUCGUCAGUUACUGUCUGUGGGUAAAGCAGAGAGACUUGGUAACUCUCGUCAGUUACUGUCUGUGGGUAAAGCAGAGAGACUUGGUAACUCUCGUCAGUUACUGUCUGUGGGUGAAGCAGAGAGACAUGGUAACUCUCGUCAGUUACUGUCUGUGGGUGAAGCAGAGAGACUUGGUAACUCUCGUCAGUUACUGUCUGUGGGUGAAGCAGAGAGACUUGGUAACUCGUCAGUUACUGUCUGUGGGUGAAGCAGAGAGACUUGGUAACUCUCGUCAGUUACUGUCUGUGGGUGAAGCAGAGAGACUUGGUAACUCUCGUCAGUUACUGUCUGUGGGUGAAGCAGAGAGACUUGGUAACUCUCGUCAGUUACUGUCUGUGGGUGAAGCAGAGAGACUUGGUAACUCUCGUCAGUUACUGUCUGUGGGUGAAGCAGAGAGACUUGGUAACUCUCGUCAGUUACUGUCUGUGGGUAAAGCAGAGAGACUUGGUAACUCUCUACUGUUGUACCGAGCUGCAGUCUGACACAGCUCUCUCCACGCGCACAUUGUCAUACCCUGAGUUAGACACUAGCUUGAUAAAGUAAACAACAUGAUGUCCCAUCGUUAUCCAUGUCUGAUUUAGUUUGAUUAGAAUUUAUUGAUCAGUGAUUUUAAUGCUUAUCUUUAAUAUCCCUCUGUACACCAUGCCCUCUUCUCUUCAACCCAUCUCUCUCUCUCUCCUCCCGUCUCUCUCUCUCUCCUCCCGUCUCUCUCUCUCCUCCCGUCUCUCUCUCCUCCCGUCUCUC